AUGAUGGGUAUGGCGGUGGCAGUGGCGGUCUUGACAGGAAUCCUGAUCGAUUUGGUGACCUCAACAGGGAUGCUGGUGGAUGUUGAAGAGAUGACAGAUACAAUCGUGAUCGUGCUGGGCCCUACAAUCGCCAAGGUUCUGGAGGAUUCUGAUCUGGGUCAUGUGGCUCCUGGUUGCAGUUGUAAUGAAGUUAUGCCCGACUUGACGUCUUCUCCUCUGGACAUGUCAGCAAAAAGGACCAAUCUUCUGAAAGUGAGAAACUCGGCUCUUAUAGUCUACUAUAUUCGUUCCCGAAAAGAAAAUCUAGGAAACCGGCAAUCACAUAGCAGAUUUAGGAAAGAUAAAAAUCGUGAAAUUGGCAAUCACAUUUCCAGACCACUGGAGCCUAGUAGCUUAGUAAGACCAAAUGUAAUGCCCAUAGCCAUUCAGCCACCCACUACCACCCUCGGACAAGACCUCGCCACUGGUGUUCCGCCCAGCACUACCUCGAUGACUCCAAAAGAAACCAAAGGUAAGGUCACAACUGCCACCACCACUCCCACCCUCACCUUGUGGUCCGCUAUAAAUGCAGCUGCAAGUAAUGGUACAACGGCACCUAAAGAAACUGCGAGUGCCGAUGCCAUGGCUGCCUGCCAUGGGUUGGGGAGCCGUUCCUUUUCCGCUUCUUCAUUCUGCACGGCAAACAGUCCUGCAAAUCCAAUUAAAACCAUCACCUUGGUAUCUUCCUUAACUGCUCCAACUCCCAUCAUUAAUGAUACAAUGGAGACCAAUCCAUCAUUGGCUCCAAGGACUGCGGCACGAAGCCAUUGUGCCCUCUCUGAGUAA